AAAAAGAUUUCAAAUUUGUAACAAAGUCUAUUCACCCCCCCUCUAGACUUUGUAUCUCACCACUUUGGGACCACCAAUUGGUAUCAGAGCAAACUUCUCACUAUCUACGUUUAGAUUAACGAGAAGCGAUCAAAAUGGUGAACAAUAUGGAUCACGGUUUGCCCAAGUUUUCUCUUCUAGGUUAUGAUGAUUGGAAGAUCAUGAUGGAAGCAUAUCUCUACGCUCUACAUGAUUGCAUGUGGAUGGUGCUUGAGGAUGGACCCUUGAAAAUCCAAAUGGAGAAUCCUGAGAGGAAUCCAGCAACUCCAGAUGUAGUCCAGUACAUUCCAAAGCCCAAAGAAAAAUGGGAUGAUAGAGAUUGCAAAAAGCACAAUCUGGAUAACGUCGCCAAAGCAACCAUCUUCAAAACACUUGAUCCCAUCACCUUCUCCAAAAUCAAGCAUCUCAAGACUGCCAUGGAGAUAUGGCAAGGUCUUGGGAAGCUAUGUGAGGGAUCAGAGGACUUGAGAAAGCAGAAGAUAGAAGUCCUGCUUGAAAAGUUCAAAGGCUUCAAAAUGCUUCCCGGAGAAUCAUUUGAUAUGUUGGAUGAAAGAUUCCACAAAAUCUUGAAUGAUCUUGCCUCACUUAACCACGUUCUUUCUCCCAAAGAAAAGAAUGUAAGGUUGCUGAGAUCUCUUCCAACCGAGUGGUACACCAAAGCCACAGCCAUGGAAGAAGGAAGAAACCUGGAAAACUACACUGUCCAAGGACUUCUUGAUGAGCUCAGAACCUAUGAGCACGAGCUGAAGAAGAAGAAGGAAGAACAAGUCACUCCCUUCCCCACGGCACUGAUGACAACUCCAAGAGUCCCAUCAAGUGAAGGGACAUGCCCAAGGAACUGUGACACACCUUCCUCCAGCCAGCCGCCAAACUCAAAAAUGGAGAACUACGAUGAGGAAUUUGCCAUGAUGGUCAAGCAAUUCCGGAAAUUCAAAAAGUUCUUCAAGAAGGCUGACUCAGUCAGAAGGCCAUCAAAGGGAAAGCCACAGGUAAGUGACUCUCCUCCUGAAUCUUAUUUGUGUUACAACUGCAGGAAGCCUGGCCACUGGAAGUCAGCAUGCCCGUAUCCAAAGGUGGAGAAGUACGGAGAAAGAGAAAGGAAUGAGAAGAAAAAGAAGGCAAUGGUUGCUGCUGAAAGUGAUGAGUCAUCCAGCUCAAGCUCAGAUGAAGAAGCCCUCGUCUACAUGGAGCGCAGAGUUGAAAAGUCCAACCAUGAGGAUAGGUGGACUAUGUCAGAAGAUGACAAACUUUGCCUAAUGGCUAAAGAUGAUGCUGAUCAAGAGGUAACUUCACAAACCUCCUGCUCAUCUUCUUAUGAAAGCAUACCAACUUCUGAAAAUCUUUUUGACCAGUUCAAAAAGAUGAUGGUAGAUUUUGAGGAAAUAAAUCUCAAACAUUCUUCCUUAACAGAGGAGAACAAACUAUUGAGUGAAGAGAAUCUCAAGUUGACUGAAGGUCGGAAAAGUCAACUGGAUGAGAUCACUCAACUCAAGACUGAAAAUGAAUCUCUCUCUAAAAAGGUGAAAUCCCUUAACAAAGAACUAGGGACACUUAAGUCCAAAGAAGCAGUGGAUAAGCUUCUUGAAACGACCAAACAUAAGGAUCGUGAAGGACUUGGGUUUGACCCCUCCAGUUCCAAAAGAAAAGGGAGAACAACUUUCAUCCCUCCUAAACCUACUGCCAAACCAAAUAAGCAGAAAGGAAAGGAAAAGGAGAAACCAACAGAAGUUCCCAAAAAGGUAAUCCCUCUUAAGAACUAUAGGAAGCUGGACAAACCUCAAAAAGGAAAUAAUUUCAGAAGAAAACCUUCUAACCCCAAAGCAGACAAGGAUGAAGAAGUCAAUGAAAGAGAUAGUAUGAAGCCCACAGAAUUCAUUCCAUUCGGAAGUCUGCCUCUGAAGACUUCACAGAGAAAUCCGGAUUCAGACAGUGCUGAGCCUUCCAGAAAUUCUGGCCAGCCUUCCAAUAUUCCGGAUCUCUCAAAUGACGACAAUUCCGGAAAUGGCGACCCAGUGCCAAUCUAUCCGGAAACACCAACAACCUCUGUUCUUCAACCAGAAGCUGAACUAAAUCAACCAGUCAAUCCCAAUCAACACAAUCUUUGUUGGUUAAGGGAUCAUCCUCCUCAACAGAUCAUUGGAGAUUUUCAAUCUGGUGUUCGCACAAGGAGUGCCCAACAGAAUCUGGAAGCUAUGCUUGCUUGUUUCAUCUCACAAAAGUUAGAGGCCAAGUGCUCUUCAUCGACAUUCUUCCAAAGCUAUAUGGAGAUGAUAGGCGCUCAAGAACUCUCCGAAUUUCUUCAAAUGGAGAUUCGCCUCAAAUUUGAGGAAGAAGUUCUUGAAUUCUACAGGAAUGGAGAAGUCAAGACUGCUCAUUCAAAGAAGGACCCACAAAGGACGUUUCCAGUUAUCAAGUCCACUGUAGGGGGUACAAAGGUGAAGCUUUCGCAAAAGAAAUUGGGAGAAAAGCUUCGCCUUCCCAAUUCUGGAGUUGAAGUUGGAAAACUUCUAGUCAAAAAUCUGGACUGGAACAUCAUUGGAAUCUCUGGGCAAAUUCCGUCUGGCCUAGCGAAGAAAGUAGAUCUAAACAACGAUUACAAGUUGAUUUUGGAAUUGGUCAUCGCUUGCCUCGAAUGUGGAAGUGGAGGUCACACCGAUGACAUCACCCAGGAGAGAGCCUUCAUCAUCAACGCUCUCAUUACCAAAACUAAGGUAAACUGGGCUGCACACUUUUUCAAUUCCAUCUCAAAGCAUUUGGGAAAGCCCAACCAGAAAUAUCUCUGUCAAGGACUAUACCUUGGACAUAUUUUGGAGUCUAUGGGUAUUGCUUCUAAAGGAAAGAAGUAUGGAGAAAGAUACUGGUUAUACUAUCUGUCUUCAAAAGGAGAAAACAGAGCCAGUGCUAGUGCCACUGCAGAAGAAAGCUCAUCAGAUAAUGUCCUGCUCAUCCAUAUGGCAAAGACUGCCAAAAGAAAGCAAGUGGUGUCUCCCUCCAUUAGUAUUGAAGCACCACAGAACCUUGCCUUGGCAUGUUUGGAAGAAGAAGAAGAAGUCUCUGACCAUGGAGAACUUCAAAGGAAGAAAAAGAGAAAGAUCAACUCUCCAUCAACAUCUGGAAAUGUCAAUCCGGAUGAGUUGAAGGAGAAGGAAACUGCUGAGGAAACCUCUAUUCAAAACCGGAGUCCUCAACAGUUUGAAGAAGAAACUCCUCAAUUCCCAAGCCUUCCAACCCCCUCAUCUCAGCCUCAUACAGAUGAUGCUGACAACAAAUUCUGUAUUCCAGUCAACCACAACUGUGAAGAUAUUUUGAAUGAUUACUGGGUAUGGCAAAAGAACCCAGAAGACCUGCACAUGGAAUACCUGGCCAACACACCAGUUUCAGACUGUGAAGCAGAUGAUGAAGACACUGCUGUCUUCAAGCCAGUCUUCACUAGAGCCACAGAAGAACAAAUGGCUCUCACCUCUGAAGAAAUAGCUGUUUUGGAAGCAACAGCUGAGGAUUUCCCUAUCUUUCCGAAAACCUCACCUGCGUUUGAAAUGGUUCUGACUGAAACUGUUCAAGAGAAGACAGCCUCUCCCCCACAAGAGCAGAACCAGGAAGCAACUGAAGAAGAAGAAUUUCAGCGACUGAUCCAAUCUCAAGUGCUCGAGAUCCUCACUACUCCUUGUGAGAUCUCCAAUCAGACACAACUUGAGAUUCUGGAAAAAUCAGCAGAAAUUCCGGAAGAAGCCAUGGAGAAAGCAGUAGAAGUCCAAAGGCACUCUGGAGAAACUGAGAAGGAAACUCAGAUGGCAGAAGUGGAGGUCUCUCAAACUCCAAUAACCAUCUUUGAAGAACCAAAUGAAGCUGAAGAUAGUGACUCCCUCUCCAGAUACAUAUCAAAUUUUGCACUUGAUGAAGCUGAAGGAGAAUCUGAGAGGACACUAAAGGUCACUGAUGAAGAAGAUGUACAAGAUGAUGCUGAAUCUCUUCCUUUGCAACUCUUCCAAAGGACAUCAUCUCCUCAUCAGGUAACCAAUUUUCAUUUCCAUAGCUCUUCAACCCCUACCCUUCCGGAUGAGAUACCGGAAAUCUGGACAAAGAAGGUCCAAGGGCUGAUUGAAUCAGCCCUAGCAUCUCAACAUGCCUCCUUUAGGCAAGAGAUAGAGCUAAUGG